AUGGCAGCUGCAUCUGGAACGGCAGGGAAAAAAGGGAAGGGUAAAAUGCCUAAGCGAUUUCUAGAGUCACAGGAUACCCUUGAGCUUGCACUAUCCAUCGCGGAACUGCAGGAAUCCAAAUCUAAGAGCAAAUUUAGCCGGCGCCAUACACAGCUUGUGCGCCCCGAAAGUACAAGGACUGAGAAGAAGUCAUCCAAAAGUAAACUUGUGCGCUCGGAAAUUUUCCUAUUGUUUCUCCCUGAUGAUCAGUCGAGGGUGCAGAAAGAGAAGAAGGCCAUCUUGGCAGCAGAGCGCGCGAAGCACAAGAAAGAGAAGGCAAAGUACCGGAAACAAAUAGCAUCACAAACAUGCACAGGAAGCACAACAAUCAGUAACGACCAGAAAGAACAACCAUCCACGGAUCGCUCAAUGCCUCGGAAACGUGUUUCAUUCGCAUAGAUAUAGCUGCGAGGGACGCUGUGUUUCCAGCUCUGCUGUAACUGUGUCUAGGUGACUGACGCGCAGCGACCAUUUAAUGAUUCUGACCGCAAUAUAGAGCACAUAUUGUAGGUGAUGGGACCAGUUAAUGGUCAGAUUAAACUGGAGUCCCAAGCUGCAUGUACAUCUAGAGAGUCCAACAUUAGGCAGUCCUCAUCAUAAGUCAAGACAGCGAUGCUGAAGGCCGUUCAGUUCAGUAAACCAACGUCCGGCAGUGUUAUCUCUCAGAUCUCAGAGCUGGCACUCUUCUGUAUGAAACAUGUUUUUUGUGAAUUUGAUAUAUUCUCGGCAUACUGUAAUUGUUGAAAGUCCGAAAUGAAGGGAAUCGUAAUCCAG